AUGUUUAGAUCAUUUACGGGAACGCUUGCCAGCCGCAUGAGUGCCUGGUGGAGGGCCGGUGGCCGCUUAUGUUCUCCUCCGAUAAAGAAGCCUCAAAUACUUGAAUGGCUUGCUUUACAAAAGGCGGGAUCUUUGAAGGUACCUUUGACAGAAGUUCCAAAGGCGAUUCGGAGGGAGCAGCGGAGGCGACGAAUACGUGAGGCAGCGCAGCUCCAGGGUGAGGCUGUGAAUGACAGUAUUCCUGAAUUCCUAAUCAAUCGUUGGGGAGACAGGUUUCAGAUAGCGACGGUAGAUGAGGCAGGACACCGGGUCAGCCCGUCGUGUUUGGUAUGGGCCUACGACGUUAAAAAUUAUGGCUGGUGGAGCACGGUAUCCAAAGGUAUAGAUCCGAUCGGGCUGUCAGUCUUCGGUUUAGCCAAGGCGGUCGAGAGAAUUCGGAGCCGGACGUGUACAUUAUUGUCAGCCGGUUUUUAUUCGUGUACAGAAGGUAAUGUUCGUCACGGUGGUGGCAGCGGAUGUGAGAGAUGCGAGAGCCAUUGGGACCUUGUGGAGUUUUGGGAAUGGUUACGUUCAAGACAUUUUUGUGAGAUGCGUAGUUUUCACAGCCACGGCGUGCCAACCUUCAGGAGCCUUGUGGAUCAGAUUGCCGGCAGCAUCGGCUUUGCACCGCCAUGCAGAAAAGCCGCGCGACGUGUUGUCUCGCCAUGGGAGUGUGAUCCAACGUUAUUCAACAGCCCGGAAACUAUAACAAAAAAAAUGACUGCCUGGUGGAGCUAUCAAAGCAGAGCAGCCCGACAGAGUCCCGAAGGUCUGGAUCGAUGGGAAUUCGAGCGGGUAGUCAUGUACAGACUAGCUGAACUUGACCGAGAAACGGGAACAAAUUAUUUCCAUGAAUAG